AUGUGGCAUUCAACGCUCGGCUUGACGCUGAUGGCUUCGGCCGUCACUGUUCAGGCCGAUUCACUCAAAGACAUUAAACACAUCAUCUUGUUUAUGCAGGAGAACAGGUCCUUCGACCACUACUUUGGCACCAUGGCCGGGGUUCGCAACUUUGGUGACCCCAAUGUACAAGUCAACGAUGGCACUCCCGUCUGGAGACAAUCGAUGAGACAACCCAAGGCCGGGGUCGACUACUUGUCACCGUGGCACAUCAACUAUCUUGGCGGCGACUGGAGAGAAGCUACGCAGUGCAUGGGAGGAGGAAUAAAUACCUGGGAAGCCAUGCACGGCGCUUACAAUAACGGUCGAGGCGACGGGUGGGCGAUACAUGACACAGACUACAGCAUGGGCUACUACAAACGCGAGGACGUGCCCACGCACUGGGAUAUUGCUGAAGGUUGGACAGUUAUGGAUAAUUCCUAUCAGAGUAUCCUCGGUCUUACGGAUCCCAACCGCGUCAUGUGGAUGAGCGGAACUGUCAAUACUGCAGGCUCCUAUACCAAUCCCGAUGGCCAGGGCGGCAAUAUUCUAUCCAAUCGUGCUAGUCCUGGCUGUGACUCUCCUGGCAACAAUUGUUUUCCGUUUGUCUGGAAGACUAUGCCGGAGUACCUUGAAGAUGCCGGCAUCUCAUGGCAAGUCUGGCAGGACUUUGAUAACUUUGAGGAUAAUAUGCUGGCCUACUUUAAGCAAUAUCAAGACGCUCCAGAGGGUGACGCUCUGCGAGAAAACGGAAUUUCUUUCCCGGGCCUCCAAGCCUUUUAUGACGCCUGUGCCGAAGGCUCCCUUCCUCAGGUCAGCUGGGUUAUAGGACCGCAGGAACUGAGCGAACACACUCCUAAUAUGCCAAUCGAUGGAGCGUGGCUACAAAAGAAGGUUGUCGAGGCUGUCACAAAUAGCCCCGCGUACAAAGAAAGCGCUCUCAUUAUAAGUUACGACGAACAGGGAGGCUGGGCCGAUCAUGUAAUUCCACCCGUUGCUCCCCAAGAUGCCCCCGGCGAAUGGAUCACGGAUCCGUUCAAUGCCAACAAUGGACAAGUUCCCAUCGGUCCUGGUCCUCGUAUCCCUCGCUUCAUCGUCUCCCCCUGGACGCGCGGAGGCCAUGUAUUCGCCGAGACCGGUGACCACACUUCUGAUCUCCUGUUUCUCGAGGCCUGGGCUGCGGCCAACGGCUAUGAUGUGUUUAAUCAAGGGAUAUCCGGCUGGAGGCGCCAGCACAUGACCGACAUGGUGAACGCCUUUGACUUUGAUAACCCCAACUACUCCCUGCCUCAGCUCACAGAGGUGCGCGACCCCGAGUCUCGCACCGAUAACAACUGGAGCGGCAAUCUGUCUCUGGGAUCUCUCACGGGCCCUUGGGUUGGCCCGGCCAGGUGCAGGAACGGUUACGAGCAUGGCAACUACCCGCCGGUGCCGUAUGGCGAGGCCAAUGCCGGGCAGAACAUGGACGAGCUUGUCGAAGAUGGCUUCAAGCAGGUUCGGGGCGCCAUUACCGAAGGCCGCUAUAUUACCAUUGAGAGCAACGGUCUUGGCCUCGGCCACGCGGGAAAUGGGCACGUCGUUGCUCUUGAAAGCGCCGAGGAGCAUGAUGAUGCUCGACAGCGCUGGGUUCUCCAUGCGGUCGAUGGAAAUCGUUUUGGAAACACCUUCCACCUCCAAAGUGCCUCUGAAAAGUCCUAUGUUUCAAAGAAUGGAAGUCUGACGACUAAAAAGUCGGCGGCCAGGGCGUUUAUUUUCGAGUACGAAGCUCAAGGUUCAACUUAUACCUUGCGUGCCAAGGGCGCAAAGUCUGGCAAGUAUGUUAGUUUGGGCAAGUCGUCUAAGCAUGAUCCCGAAUAUCGUGAGAAUGCUGGCAAGAUUACCUGGGAGGGUCAUGGGAGCCGGUUUAAAAUCUACGCCGUCAACUACCAAUAA